AGGGCAUGUACGCGGUCCUUGAUGGUACUCACUACAACGGAGCUUGCUGCUUUGACUAUGGCAACGCCGAAACCAACAACCUCGAUACUGGCGAUGGCCACAUGGAGGCAAUAUACUAUGGUGAUAAUACAAUCUGGGGCAGCGGUGCCGGAAGUGGCCCCUGGAUCAUGGCCGAUCUUGAAAAUGGACGUUUCGUCACUGCAAUCGUCAAAGGCAAGCCAGGCACAUGGGCAAUUCGCGGCGGCAAUGGCGCGUCCGGUGCGUUGUCAACCUUCUACAGCGGCGCACGUCCAAGUGGCUCUGGAUAUAAUCCUAUGAGCAAAGAGGGUGCUAUCAUUCUUGGAAUUGGUGGCGAUAAUAGCAACGGGGCCCAAGGUACUUUUUAUGAGGGAGUGAUGACCACUGGCUACCCCAGCGACGCCACAGAAAAUUCCGUACAAGCAGAUAUCGUAGCCGCCAAGUACGCCACUACCUCUCUCGUCAGUGGGCCUGCAUAUACUGUUGGUGGUUCCGUGUCAUUCAAGGCCACUACACCCGGAUACACAGACCGCUAUCUCGCACACACAGGAGCCACCGUGAAUACACAAGUCAUUUCAUCUUCCAGCAGUACCGCCCUGAAGCAAGCUGCGAGCUGGACUAUCCGCACUGGCCUUGGUAACAGCGGCUGCUAUUCGUUUGAGUCGAAGGACACCGCAGGCAGCUACAUUCGACACUACAACUUCGCGCUUCAGGUAGCUGCCAAUGACGGCUCCAAGGCCUUCAAGGAAGACGCCACCUUCUGCCCACAGUCUGGACUUGCUGGUACCGGUUCAUCGCUUCGAGCUUGGGGAUAUCCAACUCGCUGGAUCCGCCAUUAUGCCAACGUUGGAUACAUCGCAAGCAAUGGUGGCGUUCAUGAGUUCGACGCUGCCAACUCGUUCAACAACGAUGCGACUUGGGCGACCAGCACUGGCUUAGCUUAGAUCUUCGCCUACUCACAAGUGACUGCGAUGACGGCCAGAGACGUGCUGCGGACGCGCCGGGUUAGCUUCGAAUGUUGGAAGACGUUG